AUGAUGUGAGAGCACUAGCCUUGUUAAAUCUUCAGCCUCGCACUUUGGGGAUAUAACCGCAUUCUUAGGCUGAUAUACUCCGGUCUAGUCAUGACCGACGGGGCCGAACCCAACUGAAAAGCCGCUGAUAAAUCGAUGAUUCCCCGAUGAGCUCUCAACGCUCCUCCACCGUUCCGUUGAGAAACGAACAUGCUGGCUGUAUUAAAUCAAACACAACAUGGAAAGCCCUCCGUCAGGAAGCGCGUGACCAGGACGAAGAGAUCUCGCGCAGGAUGUCGCACUUGUCGCCUCCGCAAAGUCAAAUGCGACGAAACUCCUGGCACUUGUCAAAGAUGUGCCUCAUCUGGGAGAAUCUGCGAUGGUUAUGACCUGCACCGGCUGCCUCCGGCCACAGGCAGACAGAACAUCGGCGCUGUGAUGCCGCGCUUACAGCCAUCCAUCGCCAGUCACCGAUUCCGAGGAAUGACAUCGGACGAGCGCAGGUGCUUCUCCUACUUCCGGAACCGCCAAAUCCCUGCAACGCUGAUGUUCUUCGAUUCAGCCCUGUGGAAGCGGCUCGUGCUGCAAAUGGCGCAGGCCGAGUCCGCCGUGUACCAUGCCAUGAUCGCCCUGAGCGCCGUGCAUCUGGAUACCGAAAUCAAGGAAGUUCUAGUCCUACAUCCAGAGGUGUCGCCCGAUAGCGCCCUCCACCUCUUCGCGCUCGAGCAACUGGGCCGCUCCUAUGCCCAACUACAGCUUCGCUGCAGCUCCCAGGACCCGUACAUGCUGCAGGUCACCUUGGUCACCUGCCUGCUGUAUGUCAUGCUCGACAUGAUCCAGGGCCAAUACGAGACGGCCUUCACGCACAUGCAGAGCGGGCUGCGCAUCCUCAAGGACCUGACGCCUUUUAAGCGCCAGCAGGACCCCUUCACAGCGUCCGACCUCCCAGUCGAGGGAUGCCUAGUCGCGGGCUUCGCCUUCCUGGACAUCGGCUUCAUGCACUUCGACUUCGACGGGCCCCCGCGCCUGCACCUCGAAGAGGGCCUCGACUUCGAGCGUACCCUCCUCGCGCGCCAAGGCUUCAUCACCAGCCUCCAAGAAGGCCGACAAGCCUACAACAUCAUCGCGAGCGCGCUCUUCCAAUUCCUGCCCCAGUGCUGGCACCUAAGCGACGCGGACAUCGCCGCGCAAUACCACCGGCUGCAGCCCCGACAGAUCCAGCUCCUCUCACAAACCGGCCGCAUGCUACGCAUCUUCGAUGCCUUCCACGCACAACAUUACAGCCACCUUCCCCCGCAAGAACAGCAAGGAUUCGACAUCUUAAUCUACCACAUUCACAGCUUCCUCCUCGCCCUGAAGAUCUGCCUCGUGGGCAGCAACCACGCCGCCCGCGCCGCCUACACCGCCGACUUCCAGUCACUACUCGUCGCAACCCAGCGCCUCAUGCACCGCUUCCUCCCCGACCGCCCCAGUGUUACCCUCGACCUCGGCAUCCUCCCCACCCUGCAUCUCAUCUCCACCUUCUGUCCCGACUACCGUCUACGUCUGCAGGCCUUCAAUCUCCUCAAAGCCUGGCCGCACCGCGAGGGCCCCUUCGACUCCGACCUCACGGCCGCCCUCGCGAUGGAGCGCAUGCGCAAGGAGCUGACCCUCAUGCGUGACACGGAUUACCACUCUCACAACGCGCCGGCCGCGGACCGCUCCAUCAGCAAGAACGAGAGGAAGCCGCUCACCCCCGCCGAGAUCGAGAGCUUGCUCGCCGCCAUCUCGCCCGACGACCACCGCUUUUUCGAUACCGUCGAUGCCCCCGCCGUCGCUACCCGCUGGGCUUGUUUCCGUAUCUUCUUUGAGAGCGAUCAAACUCUCAUGAAUAAUAUCGGCUGUGCUGUUGGUCGCUCCGGGGUAGAUUAGUCAGGUGGGUGGAUUCUAUGAUGGGAUUAGACUCGGGGGUGAGGUACAGGG